AUGCAUGAUAGAGGAUACAAGCGCAAGGAUGACAAAGAAGAAUAUGAAAGAUACCAAAGCAAUCCAAGAAGGCGUGAUGAGCGUCUUGAUAGGCGGGACAGCAGACAGAGCGAUGAGAGAAAGCCAUUCAGAGACCUACACAGACGCUCUCGAUCCCCCAGGCCCUCGAGGUCCAAGUCACCAACCAGGUCACCUCGACGCACACCACCUGAAAUAAAGCCAGACUUCUCCAAUUCAGGCUUGCUAGCGGCAGAGAGCAAGACGGUGAAUGGGGUAGUGCUCAAGUACCACGAGCCACUCGAAGCACAAAAGCCCGGUAAGGGGGAUGACUGGCGGUUAUUCGUGUUUAAGGGAGAGACACAAACGGACAUGCUCAUGCUCGACAAACAGAGCUGCUAUCUAUUUGGGAAGGAUGCAAACGUCGCAGAUUACCCGGUUGCGCAUCCAUCAAUUUCGAAGCAGCAUGCAGUGAUUCAAUACAGAGCGAUAAGGAGUAAGAAUGAAUUUGGUGAUGUCUUGGAAGCGGUCAAACCAUUCGUGUUGGAUUUGGAGUCAACCAAUGGCACACAAGUCAAUGGCGAGGAAAUACCAGUGUCGCGCUAUUUCGAGAUAAUGAGCGGUGACGUGAUUAAAUUUGGAUUGGAUGAUAGCGACUUUGUGUUGAUCAAGAGUUGA